CUGGCUGCCACUGCUUCCUCUCGGGUUCUGGCCACCUUCCCCAGGCUGUGGCUCUCUCCAGCACCAUGUCACUCUUAGUGCAGUACUCUGAGCUGCGUAGGCAGCUGUCUUCCCAGAGUGGGACACUGGGCAGAGCCAGGGGCAUGUCUGCCUCCAGUGUUGGAAGUGGCUAUGGGGGAAGCGGCCUUGGCUUUGGAGGCGGCUAUGGGGGAGGUUUUUCUGCUGCGUCCAUGUUUGGUUCUAGUUCAGGCUUUGGUGGUGGCUCUGGAAGUUCCUGCGCAGGAGUGCUGGGCACUGCUUAUGGAGGAGGCCUGGGGAUUGGAUUUGGAGGAAGCCCAGGAGGGGGCUCUCUAUGUAUUCUCUCUGGCAAUGAUGGAGGCCUUCUUUCUGGAUCAGAAAAGGAAACCAUGCAAAAUCUUAAUGACAGAUUGGCUUCCUACCUAGAUAAGGUUCGAGCUCUAGAAGAGGCUAAUACUGAGCUAGAAAACAAAAUUCAUGUGUGGUAUGAAACACGAGGAUCUGGGACUGAAGAUCCUGGGUCACAGAAUGAUUACAGUAAAUAUUAUCCACUGAUUGAAGACCUCAGGAAUAAGAUCAUCUCUGCCAGCACUGGAAAUGCCCAGCUCAUCUUACAGACCGACAAUGCAAGAUUGGCUGCCGACGACUUUAGAAUGAAAGCAUUAAACUAUCAUAAAAAGGGGACGGAACAGUUAUUAAAGCGAAAACAGCAUCAUACAUUGUAUGAGAAUGAGCUUGCCCUGCGCCAGAGCGUGGAGGCCGACAUCAACGGCCUGCGCCGGGUGCUGGAUGAGCUGACCCUGGCCAAGGCCGACCUGGAGAUGCAGAUCGAGAGCCUAGUGGAAGAGCUGGCCUACCUGCGGAAGAACCACGAGGAGGAGCUCCAAAGCUUCCAGUCUGACGGCCCCGCCCAGGUCAGUGUAGAAAUGAAUGCUGCCCCAGGAGUGGACCUCACCAGGCUCCUCAACAACAUGAGGGCACAGUAUGAAGCGAUCGCUGAGCAGCACCGUAAGGACGCGGAAGCCUGGUUCAUUGAAAAGAGCGGGGAGCUCGAGAAGGAGAUCAGCACCAACACUGAGCAGCUUCAGUCCAGCAAGAGCGAGAUCACCGACUUGAGACGCGCCUUUCAAAACCUGGAGAUGGAGCUCCAGUCCCACCUCGCCAUGAAGACAUCUCUGGAGGACUCCUUGGCCCGAACCGAGGGGGACUACUGCGGCCAGCUGUCCCAGGUGCAACAGCUCAUCCGCAGCCUGGAGGAGCAACUGCUCCAGGUGCGCAGGGACACAGAGUGCCAGAACGCCAACCACCAGCGACUGCUGAACGUCAAGGCCAGCCUGGAGCUGGAGAUCGAGACCUACCGAGACCUGCUGGAUGGCGAAGCCCAAGGUGAUGGUGUGGAUGAAACUUCAUCUGUGACUGACUCCAAAUCUCAAGCACAGUCCACUGAUUCUGCUAAAGACUCUCCCAAACCCCGAAAAAUCAAAACAGUUAUCCAGACCGUGGUGAACGAGGAGAUGGUCUCAUCUCAAGUUCAGGAAUUUGAAGCACUAAUAUAAAAUUUCACAAGAUCUGCCCCAUGAUUGCUUCCUUAGGCACAAGAAAUUUACAAAAAGAAAUUAUUCCUUUCAGAGUAAGAUGCUAUAUUAGGUCAAGCUCUAUUUUUGUUUCAUUUUCUUUAGAUUCCUAUUCACGUUGAGUCCUUUCUGCCAUGCCGAAACAAUACUCAACUAUGAGUCAUUGUGGCCAUGUUGGUGUUUAUAACAAACCAAAAUUGCCUUAUAAAUUUCUGGACCUGGAGUAGUCUUUUAAUAGAGUUCUAGUGACCUGGAACAUGUUCUUAAUCAUAGGGCUUUGAUCAAGUAGUACUGUCUUAAUAAAAUUAAUUUUAAAAGAUUAA